CAAGUAAAGCGAAUCUCGAACGUUUCAGUUUCAGGAAGAAUUUUGAAGUGAUCGGUCGCGAAUAUAGCAUUUCCGUGGCAGAGGCGAUAGUUUCAAAGUUUAUUUAAAAACCAUGAAGUGGUUGCUGCUUUGCUGCGCACUUUGCGUGGUGACGCCACGUGGCUCCGGAGGGGCUGUCCGGGAAACCCUGGACAUCAUCCGGCUGAUCCAGGAUGUCACACACUCCAUCCUCAAAUCGUGGGAUCAGAUCAAUAAGAUCCCGGUGGCGGAGGUCACCGCCGGCGCCCUGAUCUACGCCAAUCAGCGCCAGAUAAUAGGCCAGCUCGAGGAGGUUUCCGGGAAUAUCCGGAAUCUGGAGGAGCAGCAGGCGAGGAACACCGUUCUGACCAUUGAGACUCUGAUGCGGGAGUUGCAGGACAAGAACCAGUUACUGCAUCGUCUCAACCAGUGGAAGGACUUCACCAAGUCCAUCGGUUUUCGAUACGAUCAGCUGGCCGAGUACGAACGUAACAAGGAUUCGCUGGAGGCCACCACUCUCGUCCAGUUCGCAAAUUGGUGCGUUCAACCCAGCUCCUCUUCGCUCUCCUGGCUGCUGCAAGCUCACCACGAGAGCCUGUACUCCGGUGACUCCACUGACCCCAUACUGGACUACACGCACUCUUUGCUCUCGGCAUUGACAACCAGUUUUGAGAAGUCCCCGGACCAAAUGUGUCUGGCCAGGCAGUCCGCCCAGCAGUUCGCCUAUCAGCUCUUCUCCAAGGCCACUUUCACGCAGCUGAAGGGCUACAGCUUGAUGGAGCUCUCUUGGAUGCUGCUGCGCCAAGCCGGUCGCGGAAACUUCACCGAGGAAAUGCAUUUAAUGCGACGGAACCACCAGAAGCGCAUCCAGCAAGCACAGCGGGUUCUCCAGCAGGUCAUGGCUGACAGCAGCCGGCUGUACUGGCGCUGCGAUCCCGGCAAGAACGAGCAUGUGGAGGGCCAGACCUAUGACCGUGUCACUCGUCUGCUGCAGGGCUUUGUGGAGAACGAAAUCAACCUAAAUCCGAACCAGAGCUGCCGCAGCAGCUGCCCAGACUACCAUGACACCCGCUCGAGCGGCUGCUACCAGCCGGAGGAGGAGUUCUGUGGCCAGCAGCCCGCCUGCAAGGGAAGGCUCUACAACUGCAACACCAUCGAGUCCGACAUCUCGGUCUGCUUGUCCCCGAACGCCACCUCUGCCAGGCGCUAUGAGUACAUCACAUUCCAUGAGGAUGAGACCAGCCCGGUUUGCAAGUCCACGGUAAGGAAACCCUCCUCCUGGUCAAGCUGGAUCUUCUGGCGCUGCCACUACUGUUUUUGCCUUUGCGAUGAGCCGGGACCCAACUCCGAUCGCUUUUUCAACCUUCGAGACUCCAUGUCGGACUUCAAGCAGAACAAAGUUGUGACUGGUGUCCGGUUUGUGAAGAUCAAGCGGGUCUUCCACUUGCAGCUGCAGCAGGGUGAGCUGCUGCCCGGAGGCGUCAUCAAGAACAGCUCGCUGGAAUGGCUGCCCGUGGAAGCUUACAACGUGUCUGAUGUGGACAUACGUGAUGGCUACGACUACCACACCUUGAGCGUGGAUAGCCGAGCCAUGGACCUGGAUGAGAUUUCCGUCAACACAACGGACCAGGUGGUCACAGGAUUCCGGUUCCGUGUCUUCAAGAAACACCUGAACCUGGAGGUGCGUUUCACUUCCUUCAACUUCUCCACCGGUCAACUAAUCGAACCGCAGACAAAGAGCUUUUGGCUGGGCAAUCAGAACUCGCAUCUCGAGGGUGAGCGCAAGCGAUUGAUUUUGAAGGAGAGCGACUUACCCACUGCCUCGGAGUUGCCAUCGCUGCCGCUGUCCCAGGACAACCAGUACAUGGAUUUCGUCAGCUCCAGCCAACUGAAGGAUGCGGCCCAGAACACUUUUCCCUACGUGGAUGUGCAGGAGGUGGUACCCCAACAGGCAGGUCCACUGGCCGGGCUGGGAAUCUACUAUAAGGGACGUCCCGGCUACGGCGGCUUCUUUGCCCCCAAGGUAGUGACAUACGAUUUGUCCAAGAAAUUGCUGGACCCUCGUGAAAAUCUAUAUGUUGAUAAUUUGGACCCUCGUGAAAAUUCAUAUGUUGAUAAUUUUACCCAUUAAAAGUAGACUAAGAACACAUAUGGUUUAUAUCAAAUCCAUUUUUAAAACCUCAUCUUAUCAAACUUAUUGUAAUCUUUACAUUGAUAAAUGAUAUAUAAUAAAAUGCGUAAACAGAA